AUGGAGAGAAAGGACUUUGAGACAUGGCUUGAUAACAUUUCUAUUACAUUUCUUUCUCUGACGGACUUGCAGAAAAAUGAAACUCUGGAUCACCUGAUUAGUCUGAGUGGGGCAGUCCAGCUCAGGCAUCUCUCCAAUAACCUGGAGACUCUCCUCAAGCGGGACUUCCUCAAACUCCUUCCCCUGGAGCUCAGUUUUUAUUUGUUAAAAUGGCUCGAUCCUCAGACUUUACUCACAUGCUGCCUCGUCUCUAAACAGUGGAAUAAGGGGAUAAGUGCCUGUACAGAGGUGUGGCAAACUGCAUGUAAAAAUUUGGGCUGGCAGAUAGAUGAUUCUGUUCAGGACGCUUUGCACUGGAAGAAGGUUUAUUUGAAGGCUAUUUUGAGAAUGAAGCAACUCAAGGACCAUGAAGCCUUUGAGACCUCAUCAUUAAUUGGACACAGUGCCAGAGUGUAUGCACUUUACUACAAAGAUGGACUUCUCUGUACAGGGUCUGAUGACUUGUCUGCAAAGCUGUGGGAUGUGAGCACAGGGCAGUGCAUUUAUGGUAUCCAGACUCACACUUGUGCAGCGGUAAAGUUUGAUGAGCAGAAGCUUGUGACAGGCUCCUUUGACAACACCGUGGCCUGCUGGGAAUGGAGCUCCGGAGCCAAGACCCAGCACUUCAGGGGACACACAGGGGCGGGUGGGUUGCAAAAUUAUAAUGACAAACAACAAAUACUGGUGAGUGGGUCUGCAGACUUCACUGUGAAAGUAUGGGCUUUAUCUGCUGGGACAUGCCUGAACACACUCACCGGGCACACGGAAUGGGUUACCAAGGUGGUUUUACAGAAGUGCAAAGUCAAAUCUCUCUUGCACAGCCCUGGAGACUACAUCCUCUUAAGUGCAGACAAAUAUGAGAUUAAGAUUUGGCCAAUUGGGAGAGAAAUCAACUGCAAGUGCUUAAAGACAUUGUCUGUCUCUGAGGAUAGAAGUAUCUGCCUGCAGCCGAGACUUCAUUUUGAUGGCAAAUACAUCGUCUGUAGUUCUGCACUAGGUCUCUACCAGUGGGACUUUGCCAGUUACGAUAUUCUCAGGGUCAUCAAGACUCCUGAGAUCGCGAACUUGGCCUUGCUUGGCUUUGGAGAGAUCUUUGCUCUGCUAUUUGACAACCACUACCUGUAUAUAAUGGACUUGCGGACAGAGAGCCUGAUCAGCCGCUGGCGUCUGCCAGAGUACAGGAAAUCAAAGAGAGGCUCAAGCUUUCUGGCAGGUGAAACAUCCUGGCUGAAUGGACUGGAUGGGCACAAUGACACAGGACUGGUCUUUGCCACCAGCAUGCCUGACAACAGUCUUCACCUAGUAUUGUGGAAGGAGCAUGGCUGA